UCUUUUAAAACUUCCAUUGCCAAGACUAAAAUAAAAAAAAAAUAAACAAAAUCCAAAACCCUCCCACAUCCGAAUGUCGGGCACAAUCAAGGUUCUGAACGUGGCGGAGAAGCCGUCGGUGGCGAAGUCAGUGUCGGGAUUCCUCUCAAGGAACCAAGCCCUACGUGUGCGCGAUGGCCGCUCCCGGUAUAACAGGAUAUUUGAGUUUAAUUACUCGAUUCGUGGCCAACCCUGUCAUAUGCUCUUCACCUCUGUCACUGGCCACUUAAUGGAGCUCGAAUUCGAGGACCGCUUCCGCAAGUGGCACUCCUGUGACCCACUCGAUCUCUACCACGCCCCGGUUCGCAAAUUCGUUCCUGAGGAUAAGCUGGAUAUUAAGAGGACGUUGGAGGAGGAAGCUAGGAGGUGUCAAUGGUUGGUUCUCUGGCUUGAUUGUGACAGAGAAGGUGAAAACAUUGCAUUUGAGGUUAUCAACGUUUGCAGAGCUGUGAAUCGUCAUCUUACAAUACGAAGGGCUCGAUUCUCCGCAUUGAUUGACAGGGAAAUCCAUCAUGCUAUGCAGAAUCUUAUUGAUCCAAAUCCAUGGUUUUCUGAUGCUGUAGAUGCUAGGCAGGAAAUAGACCUGCGAAUUGGUGCUUCCUUCACCAGAUUUCAGACUAUGCUGUUGAGAGAUAAAUUUGUUAUCGAUUCUGCUACAGAUGACAGAAAUCUUGUUCUAAGUUAUGGUCCUUGUCAGUUCCCGACGCUCGGCUUUGUUGUGGAACGGUAUUGGGAAGUACAGUCACAUGAGCCUGAAGAAUUUUGGACAAUCAACUGUUCUCACAGAUCAGAUGAAGGUGUUGCCACCUUCAAUUGGAUGCGUGGUCAUCUUUUUGAUUACACCUGUGCAGUUAUAGUUUAUGAAAUGUGUGUUCAAGAGCCAACUGCUACUGUCACAAAAGUUCAACACAAGGAAAAGCUUAAGUAUCCUCCAUAUCCUUUGAAUACCAUUGAGCUUGAAAAGCGUGCUUCACGGUAUUUCCGUAUGAGUUCUGAACACACUAUGAAGGUGGCAGAGGAACUAUACCAAGCUGGUUUUAUCAGUUAUCCUCGUACAGAGACUGAUUGCUUUUCAAGCAGGACUGAUUUGCAUGCAAUUGUGCAAGAACAACAGGGGCAUCCUGAUUGGGGUUCUUAUGCACAGAGAUUAUUAGACCCUGAGACAGGACUCUGGAGAAACCCUGGCAGUGGUGGACAUGAUGACAAGGCUCAUCCACCCAUUCACCCAACAAAAUUUUCUACUGGGGAACAUGGUUGGAGUCAAGACCACCGUACAUUAUACGAACUGGUUGUCCGCCAUUUCUUGGCUUGUGUUUCACAACCAGCUGUAGGGGCUGAAACCACAGUUGAAAUUGAUAUUGCGGGUGAAUUAUUUUCUGCCUCAGGAAGAGUAAUAUUAGAGAGAAACUACUUAGAUGUUUACCGGUAUGAAUCAUGGGGAGGUUCAAUGAUUCCAACCUACACUGUUGGACAGCAGUUUGUCCCGGCAUCACUGACUUUAGACACAGGAGUCACUAGACCACCACCCCUUUUGAGUGAAGCUGAUUUACUAAGUUGUAUGGACAAGGCGGGAAUUGGUACUGAUGCAACAAUGCAUGAUCACAUUAAAAAGCUGCUAGAUCGAUUUUAUGCAACAAAGGACUCAAAUACUCGUUUCUCGCCCACCAAUCUUGGUGAAGCACUGGUUAUGGGAUAUGAUGACAUGGGGUAUGAACUCUGGAAACCAAAUCUCAGGUCGAUGAUGGAGUUUGACAUGAAAGAAGUUAGUGUAGGCAAUAAGAGUAAAGAUGAAGUUUUGGCAACUUGCUUGCAGCAGAUGAAAGCUUGCUUCUUUGAUGCUAGGUUGAACAAAGUGAAACUAUUAGAAGCUAUGGCGGUUUUCUUUGAGAGAUCAAAUCGAGCUGUUGGGGGUGACAACUAUGCAGCUGGAGAGGUGGUUAGGCAGUGUGAUCUUUGCCAAGAAUCUUCUAUGGUGCUGAAGAAAAACCGUGAUGGCAAUUUCAUGGUUGGAUGCUCAGGUUUUCCACAGUGUAGGAAUGCUAUUUGGCUCCCUGGAUCGAUACUGGAAGCUGCAGUAACCAGUAAUAUUUGCAGCUCCUGCAAUCCAGGUCCCGUUUAUUUGAUUCAAUUUAAGUUUCGCCAAAUUGAAAUACCACCCGGCUUCAAUGCUAAUCAUCUCGUGCUAUUGUCCCAUUAUUUUCCCCGUUGUCCUAUUCUAAUGAAAUUUUCUUCUUAUGGUUGCAUUGGCGGUUGUGACGAUACUCUUAGACAACUGAUUGAGAUAUGUGGAACAGGUUCUCGCAUGUCAGCACGAGGUAGAGGACCCACUACAACAUCCAGCAAUGGCCAGAGAAGUAGCAACAGACACAAUAGUUGCAUACACUGUCAGCAAACAGGCCAUUCUUCAAAUGAUUGCCCUUCACAGUUUUCACGUUCUCGAAAUUCUCAGUCUCAUACUAACUCAGAAAAUGGGGACCCUUCAGUGUCCUGUAGCACAUGUGGAAUGCCAUGUGUUUUACGAACUGCUAAUACAGCAAAUAACAGGGGAAGAAAGUUCUACUCAUGUCCAUCACAAGAAUGCAACUUCUUUAUAUGGGAGGAUGGCGUCAGUAAUGGUAAUGGUGGAAGAAGCAUUCCUUCCACCAAUUGCUCAGCAUCCAAUUCUGGCAGGAGAGGUGGCCGUGGUCAAUCUGGUCGCAAUAGAUCACAUGCUGCUGACACGACUUUUGUGUCAGCAACCGGGGAUCCUGUAUCCAACAGGUGUUAUGUUUGUGGUGAUCCAUCACACUUUGCUAAUGUCUGCCCUAAUCGUGGCAUGUAAUGCCCUUCCAAAUGGAAGUUAAAUGGUUUGGCUCUGAUGGAAGUUAAAGAAAUGGAGACGGCGAAUCGGAACUCCAAAAGCAACAUCCUAUGUUACCUGUAAGAUUCACAUGUGCAGACCAGAACCGAUCUCAACUUUUUUUUCUCUAACCAAACCUGCUUCUAUCUUAGUUUAGAUUUUAAAAUUGUAUUAUCUGAACCAUUGAUAUAAUGUUAAUAGAUAUCUACGAAUAUUCAUAUAAAAUUUAUAAGUUUUGCAAUAUAUCAUAGGUAUACUCAAA